AUGACACAUUUGCUGGUGGCGGUCGACAAGUUCACCAAGUGGAUCGAGGCGCGGCCGAUCAAGAAACAGGACGGCCCGACGGCCGUCCGGUUUGUCAAGGCCAUCGUGGUGCGCUACGGCGUCCCACACAACAUCAUCACGGAUAAUGGCACAACCUUGGCCAAGGGUGCACUGGCGCAGUACUGCUCCAUCUCCGGCAUCCGGCUAGACUUGGCCUCCGUCACUCAUCCUCAAUCCAACGGCCAGUUCGAGCGGGCCAACGACCUAAUUAUGUCUGGCAUCAAGCCGCGACUCAUCGAGCCCCUCGUCCGCUCACCCGACAGCUGGCUAGAUGAGCUACCGGCCGUCCUUUGGAGUCUCCGGACGACGCCAAACCGGUCGACCGGCCAAAGAAGCCCGCGAAGACGAGUCAACCUGCUCGAGGAGGUGCACAUAUUGGCCCUCAGCCGAUCAGCCAUUUACCAGCAAAACCCGCGACACUACCAUAGCAAGAAGAUCAAGCCCCUCGCGUUCCGCGAGGGUGACCUCGUACUCCAGCUCGUCCAGCAGCAAGCCGGCCAGCACAAACUGGCCUCCCCAUGUGAGGGCCCCUUCAUCAUUAGCAAGGCCUUAUGUGACCGCAACGUGUACUACCUCAUUGACGCACGCAAGCCGAACAAACGCAAGAGAGAAGAAACAGGCCGGUCAUGGAAUGCAGAGCUCCUCCGCCCGUUUUACAGUUAG